GACAUUUUCUUGUAAACAAAUACACAUGGUGUGGUUUGUGAAUUAUUCCUUAUUUAUUAUUUUCUUAUAAAGAGUAGAAAUAAGUUAAAUAAGUAGAAACGAAAUUUAAGCACUUUUAUACAAUAUGAGUACUUUUAGGUUCAAUUUUUCGGGUGCAGAUGACGAUAAUAAACUGGAUGAAACGAAGGAAACCAUUGAGUGGUUAGAAAGUGAAGAAAUAGUACCAGAUAAACAAAUAAAAAAUCUUGAUAGCAUAGUAACCCGUGCAAAGAUGUUUGCCUGUGGCGAUGUAGAGAUUGGUCAUGUAGUAGUGAGCGAGGCAAUGGCUAGUAUUGAAGAGAGUGGACUUAAGAAUGUAAUUGAAUUAGCGGAAAAGGAACACAGCGAUCUUGUUGCUGGCAAAUAUGAAGGUGGACUUAAGAUUUGGGAAUGUACUUAUGAUCUAAUACAAUAUCUUGAAGAAAAUCUAACUGGAAUGAAAUUUGAAAAUAGUAAUGUAUUGGAUUUGGGAUGUGGUGCUGGAAUUCUUGGAAUAUAUGCAUUUUUACACAAUUCUAAAGUUACAUUUCAAGAUUAUAAUAAAGAAGUUUUGGAACAUCUGACAAUACCUAACGUAUUACUAAACAUUGAGGAAGAAGAGGACAGAGAAAAAGAAAUACAGAGGUGUAAAUUCUAUUCAGGAGACUGGGAUUCCUUCAACCAAAAGUUACCUCAAUCUGAAGUAUUUGACAUAAUCCUGACCUCAGAGACAAUUUACAAUGAGAGUAACUAUGAAAAACUUAUCAAACUGUUUGUGGACAGACUGAGCAAAGAUGGAGCAGCAUAUGUAGCAGCCAAAACAUACUACUUUGGAGUUGGGGGUGGAGUACGUCAAUUUGAGCAAAAUAUCACCAAAAACGGGCAUUUAACAAGCACAGUUUGCUGGAAAAGUGAAGGUGGCAUACAAAGGGAAAUACUAAAAAUCACAAAAUUAACAGAAUAA